CUCUGGUGCUUCUGUCCCCAGAUUCUUGGAUACUUUGACAUUGGUUUCACCUCUGUCUUCACAGUUGAAAUAAUCUUGAAGAUGACAGCCUAUGGUGCUUUCCUGCACAAAGGCUCCUUCUGCAGGAACUCUUUCAAUAUCCUCGAUUUACUGGUGGUCGCUGUCUCCCUCAUCUCCAUGGGAAUCGAGUCCAGUGCCAUCUCAGUGGUGAAGAUUCUCCGGGUGCUGAGGGUACUGAGGCCUCUGCGAGCCAUUAACAGGGCAAAGGGGCUGAAGCACGUGGUCCAGUGCGUGUUCGUGGCCAUCAAGACUAUCGGUAACAUUGUGGUCGUCACAACGUUGCUGCAGUUCAUGUUUGCCUGCAUCGGGGUCCAGCUCUUCAAGGGCAAGUUCUAUAGAUGCACAGAUCCAUCCAAGGUGACGGAGAAGGAGUGCAGGGGUUAUUUCAUCAGCUACGUGGACGGGGACCCCACACAGAUUGAGCUACAGAAGCGUGUCUGGUUGCACAGCAACUUCCACUUCGACAACGUCUUCUCAGCCAUGAUGUCGCUUUUCACUGUCUCCACCUUCGAGGGCUGGCCAGAGAACCCGUGCGUGGAGGUGGAGCUGGUGACGGUCCCCUCCACCUCGGCUCCCUGCUCUGCCACGCAAGGGCCUGCCAAGUGUCGCAGCAAGGCCACAGGAAUUGCAAGGGCGGUCCUCAGCCUGGCUUGGCAUCUGGCAGGUGCCCUUGUCUCCCUGUGGAGACACCUGCUGAGCACACGCGUCUUUGCCAGGCAAAAGAUGGCCCCGCGGAGCAAGAGGUUGCUGAAAGUCGUCUUCCUGUGGCUCCCAGUGGCUCUGGCUGGUGCUUACUGCGCGACCUCGCUGCCGGUGUGGACAACGCAGGCAAAGGGACUGAUAGAGGAACUGACACGCGUGUCGUCGGCAAACCUGAAGAUGCUGUGGAACUUGCCCGUUUUGGUGGCGGAGGAAACCCAAAAGACACGCUUUCUGCUGGAGGAGGUGGCUCAGCUGAGGGCACAGAUCCGCAGUUUGAAGGAAGCUCAGGAAGUGAACCAGGCAGCGUCCAAGAAGGCUUUGGGUGCCUACAUCGAGAUGUCUGACUGGGCCCUGGAAAGCUCUGGUGCCACCAUUGACACGCAGAGAACUUCCGAGACCUACGACUGCCAAGAGAAUUGGGGCUGCAGGGUUUUAUGGUUCUUCCGCGCUGCCAAGCCUCCUGAGACUAUUUUGCAGGCGGAUGUUUCCCCAGGAAACUGCUGGCCUUUCCAAGGGCAUCAGGGCCAGGUGGUCAUCAGGUUGCCAGCACGAGUCCAUCUGACUGCCAUCACUGUGCAGCACAUCUCCAAAGACGUGUCUCCAUCUGGGACUGUCCUCAGCGCCCCCAGAGACGUCGCUGUCUUUGGAGUGGAUGCGGACGGAGAAGAGGAAACUCUCCUUGGGACGUUCACGUACGACGUGGCAAAAGAGUCUAUUCAGACCUUCCCUCUGAAGAACGCGCCGCUUCCCAGAGCCUUUCCGUCUGUCAAACUUCUUGUGAAGAGCAACUGGGGAAACCCAGCGUACACCUGCAUUUAUCGAGUGCAGGUUCAUGGGAAGAUGGCGCAACCAGAGAGCCCCAGGUGAAACCAGAGAGAAAAAAAAGUCCAACAUGAGAAAGAAGAAGAAGGGGAGGAAGAACAAAUAAAUCUAGAAGAUGUGGCAAUUGA